GUGGUCUCCUUUGCGCGCCGCCGUCUGAUAAAGGCAGGAGGAAAGCGCGCACCCGCGAGUUGUGUAGAAGCGCUUCUGAAGAGGGAGGCAUCAUCUCACCAGCACUCUGUUUACAGCCACUGACCUCAGCACAGCAGCAGAGAGCAUCAUGGGAGGAGCAGUUGUUGAUGACGCACCUCCUGGGGUGAAGGCACCAGAUGGAGGCUGGGGUUGGGCGGUGUUGGUCGGCUGCUUCGUCAUCACCGGUUUCUCCUACGCUUUCCCAAAGGCUGUCAGCGUCUUUUUCAAGGAGCUGAUCCGAGAGUUUGAUGUCGGCUACAGCGACACCGCCUGGAUCUCAUCCAUACUGCUCGCCAUGCUGUAUGGCACAGGUCCUCUGUGCAGCGUGCUGGUGAACAGAUACGGCUGCCGGCCGGUGAUGAUGGUUGGAGGUGUCUUAGCUUCACUGGGAAUGACUCUGGCCUCUUUCUCCACCAGCAUCAUCCACAUCUAUCUCUGCACCGGAGUGAUCACAGGUCUGGGUCUGGCACUGAACUUUCAGCCGUCUCUCAUCAUGCUGAAUCGAUACUUCAGCGAGAAACGUCCUCUGGCUAACGGCCUGGCGGCAGCAGGAAGUCCUGUGGCUCUGUGCUGCCUCUCCCCUCUGGGACAGGUUCUCCAGUAUCAGUACGGCUGGAGGGGGGGGUUCCUCAUACUGGGAGGGAUGCUGCUCAACUGCUGUGCCUGUGCUGCCCUCAUGAGGCCCUUGUUACCCCCUAAGAAGCCACAAGAGCUGGAGAUGAGCGAACCCACAGCUGCAGAGGAGGAGAAGAAGCCCCAGACGAAGAAGAAGUUGUUGGACUUCAGCGUGUUUAAUGACAGAGGAUUUCUCAUCUAUACCAUCGCAGCGUCCAUCAUGGUUCUGGGCUUGUUUGUGCCCCCUGUGUUUGUGGUCAACUACGCUAAAGCCCUCGGCAACGAGGACACCAAGUCUGCGUUGCUGCUCACCAUCUUAGGAUUUGUUGAUAUGUUUGCUCGACCCACGUGUGGACUCAUAGCAGGCAUGAAGUGGGUACGGCCAAGAUGUGUCUACCUCUUCAGCUUUGCUAUCAUCUUCAAUGGAUGCACCGACCUCAUAGGAUCACAGGCGACCGACUACACAGGUCUGGUGAUUUUCUGUAUCUUCUUCGGCAUGUCCUACGGCAUGGUGGGAGCGCUGCAGUUCGAGGUCCUCAUGGCUAUUGUCGGGACGGAGAAGUUUUCCAGCGCCAUCGGCCUGGUGCUGCUUAUGGAGGCCAUCGCUGUACUUGUGGGACCCCCUGGAGCAGGUCGCCUCUUGGACGCCACCAAUAAGUACAUGUACGUCUUUCUGUUGGCGGGCUGCGAGGUCGUGCUGUCGGCCAUCGUCAUCGCUUUGGGAAACUUCUUCUGCAUCAGAAAGAAACAGGAAGAUCCCGAGGCAAAGAUGGAGAUGGCUGUGAGCGCCGCAGAGAGGUAUGGACUGAACCCCGGAGUGGAGAAAGAGGAGGAUGAGGGAGGAGAAGAGGAGCAGAAGGGAAAGGAGAACGGGAAUAUCAGUGGUGAGAAAGUGUGCAAGGAUGCGGUGAUGGUGAAGGAGAACGGGAAGAGGGUUGAAGAGGAAAACACAACUAUAUGAAGAGUUGGAGUAGCAGAAAUGAGACUGUGCAUCAAGAGGACAACAAACAAAGGAAAGAGGAGGAUCUGUGGCAAAGAGACGGACGAAGGAGCGGCACAGAGGAAGGGGAACAAAGUCGGGUUUCAUAUGAGGGAUUCAAAAAGGCAGAGAGGGUAUUAACAAAUUGUUUCACAUGAAUCAGUUAUUUUCAUAGACUGUACAUAAGCUGUUAGCAUCCAUCUGUGGACUCUUAUUUAGAAGCCCCGUCAGCAUCUUUAAAUUUGGAGCCAGGAGUCACCAAAUGAAGACAAGAGAGUGAAGAUGCCAAAUAAUCACUGUUAGCAUGGUUAGCAAGAUGCGUCCAUAAUUUACAGGAAAUGUUAAGUUAAUAGGGACACUAAUCAUAUCUAGUAAAAAAAGAAUUGGAAAGCUGUCUCCCCAAUGCAUCUUUUAGUUAAACACAGAGACUGUAACAAAAGAAAGACGACACAAAUGCGCGACGGAAAUAAAGCCGAAACAUUUGGAUCUCCCCCUAAUGAGUUCAGUUAUUACAGAUCAAUCAAUUUUUAUUUGUAUAGCGUCAACUCAUAACAAGUGUUAUCUCGAGACACUUUACAAGAAGCAGGUAAAAGACCUUACUUAUUGCUAUAUUACAAAGAUCUGGCCUAUCCAUCAUGAGCACUUUAGCAAAGCAGCAAAAGUUACAGUGGUAAGAAAAAACUGUCUUAUUAAAAGGCAGAAAUCUUCGGCCGGAUCCCCGGCUCAUGACGAAACAGUCUUCACAGGCCUAGACUGCGCCGGGCUUGGAAAGGGAUAGGGAGAGAGAUGGGAUAAGAUGCAGGAAGAGGGAUAGAGAGCGGCAUCAAGACAAAUGAUACUAUUAUCGUACUUAAACAUUUUGUGGACAUUUUUAUUUCUUGGGUAUUUUUACCAUUUUUAUAAUUUUUGCUGCUGAUGCUACAGACGGAGACGUCUUCUACUUCUUAUAUACAGUCUGUGAAAAAUACACCAUGUAGAUGUUUGUACAUUACUGUGAUCUUGAAGGAGUUUAUCAACGAGUGACGGUACAGUCUACAUGCUGCAAUAAUUCUUUUGGGCAUGGAAAUGCACCACAUCACUGGAAACAUACCAGCUCCUCGUGUUGAAUACCUUCUCUAUAACGCUGCCUAGAACAAAGAUAGAGUUUGAGUUUUGUGCACUUUUAAGUAUUUUUAUUUCUCGGACAGAUUUUAUGUUUUCUAAUUAGGACUCUUGCUAUUCUACUUUCCAAGAAAAAUAUCUCAAACAUACCUCCUGACUACAUUUUCUUUUCAACAAUAUCGCGGAUAAUUUCCACCAUGUCUGCCUUCUCACUUUAAAUAAUCAGGCAUGGUACAAGACAGCCCUUCCAAAAGGGGGCGGGGUCACAGCUCAUUUACAUUUAAAGGUACAGACACAGAAACAGCUUGUUCUGAGCAGGGCUGAAAUAGAGGGGUUUAUAGGCAUGAUCAAAUACAGGAUCAGAGUGGAUUUAGAACAAGACACUUCACACACACAUUUUGGAGAGCUCUGAGACUAAACUUGUCCAAAAGGAGAUUGAUAUAUGACCUUAUGGUGUCUAUUUUUUUCGGAGGCUGGCUAGAUGUUUAGAAAAUAGCAAUAUCAGAUUUUUAAUCUUAGAAACACAAACGAUACAGAUACCUGUUUCGAUACCCCGACAACAGAAACACAAGUCCUAAUCACCCGAUAUUGGGUAAUGUCUUCUUUUUAAUUACCAAAAACUGCAAGUAAUCUCCUGCACGCUGUCUCAAUCGCACAAGUACGAAACACUGCCAACGAAUUUGUACAAUUUAGACAGCUUUCUCUUUCGCUUGUGGAAGCUUUUGGUUAAAAACACGGCUGAAGAUCUGCAGUUAUUUUAAAGCUUUACGGUUCUUCACGAUACUGUCGAUGAAUAAAAUAAUGUAGGCUGUAAUGUUUUAAAACAUUCAGAAUCAAAAAGUAUUACCGUAGCAAACAUCUUUCCAACCUUCGUAAGGAAGUCAUUCUGUUAGACUCCAACUUCAUCAUGCACAUCAUGACAACUCACUCACUGAGAGAGUAAGUGGACCCCCGUACUCAUCACAACUCUGUUAUUGGUUGAUCUUUUUCUUUAUUUAUUGCAAAUAUUUAUUGAUAUUUUAUGUAACAAGUGGAUGAAAACUUGCUUUCAACUUUGUGAUAGUUUGGGGACACAACCAAAUUCUUGGACCAAAGUGAGAGCUGUAACUACAAACAUGAAGAGAAAGGAUCUAUGAGUAUGAAAAUGUGACCAACAGGGAGACAUUACAGACACAUUUUAAUUUCUAGAAUAAAGUCUCAAAGUGUAUGAAAUAAAGUAACAGAACACAAGAUUUUGUUGUCGUUCUUUAAUCUAUUAAACAUUAUUCAGGACAUUUCUACUUUAUGGAUAAUUCAGAUUUCUUAAAAAAAAUACAAACUGUAAAGUCAAAUUCGGACCUCAUUCUGGAUAAUUGGAUCACAUACACCUCAAUAUUUUCUGUUAAAACGCUUUUGUUGCAGUUGCUUCAUCAUUACAAAAAGUCAGAUUCUUUAUGAAGGCUUUAAAUAAGAUCAUUUUGAAAAUGGUUGUCACUUUAUAUACUUGAAUGCCUUGAUUGUGUUUAUUGUAUCACUUUCUCCAAUUUCAUGAAAACAAUCAAAAAUCUAUUUUGUUGAUGUUUGCUGUGUGCUACUUUUAUGUGACUUCCUCCAAGUGAGGUGAUUGAUAAGUCAGGUCACUGGAUUACACUUUGUUAAUCUGGCUGCAGCAGUGCAUACUCGGCUGCUGAAUGUACUGAUUGUCUUGUUUUGUCUCGACUGCUCUGUUGAACAUCCGCUGAAUGUUUCCCUGAAAUCUGCCGUUAUGCAUUGAAAUGAUGCGAGAUGCUGUGAUCUACUGUAUGUACUUUAUGCCUUCUGUGCGUCUGAUCUCUACAGACCUUCAGCAGAGCAAAAAACACUUGCUUGGGUGAAGAAAUGCAAUUUUCUUUUUUGAGUGACAUUAAACACAACCAAUAAAUAUAUUUAUAUCUCCUGUUGAAGAAAUUUAGAAAAUACA